AUGUCCAAGAAAACUACGCGUCGUAGUAGCAACAAUGCAAACAACAAGCUACCUGUGCUAGAAGAACCCAAGCCUAUUCCUACAUCUAAUCCCAAUGACGUGCUUGCAAGAGAAGUAGAGGUGCCUGAUAGCACUAUCAUUGAAGCUGAUGAGGCCAACAAGAAGCCCUUGGAAUUCUCCUUCUUCAAUCGCGUUCUCUCUAUUCCUCUUAUCCGCGAUGGUUCCUCUAUGGUGCAACAUUAUGCCAACCAAAACUCAAUCAGUCGUUUUGCCCUAAACAAGGCUGAAUCCACAAUCAAGUUGGCUGCUUCCAUUGCAUCUCCUUAUGCCGAAAAGUAUAAACCACACCUUUUAAAAGCCGAUCAAAUGGGUUGCCAAUCUCUUGAUUUAGUCGAGACUAAAUUUCCUGUUGUUACUCAACAUCCCAAAGAAAUCUUGACUACUGUGAAGGAAUCUCCUCAAAAGGUAUUUGAAGAUGUAAAGGGUAAGAUCAGCUAUGCUGCUUCGAUUCCUGUUACUCGCACAACACAUGGUCUCCAGCAACUUGUUGAUAAGUAUCUGCCUGCUACAAAUGACGAACAAAACUCAGCAUCAACACCACAACAAACAAAGGAAAGAAAUGUGAAUGAUAGCAAUUACAAAGAGGUCAAACUAUUGUCAUUAGCCAAUGAAGUUAAGGAUAGAUUAGCUUAUCGUGUUACCACACAAUGGCAAUCCAUUCCUCACACCAAGGCCGACAUCUCCCGUUUGGCUGAAACAAAUCAAUUACUCCACGAAGCAUUCCAAUCUAUUCAAAAGGCCAAUACUCGUCUCCAUGACUUUGUUCUCUCUGUGAAGGGCUACAAGGAUACUACUCAAACCAAGGCAAACCAACGUAUUAAUGAACUCACUGCUGACUUGAUUCAUCGUCUUGAUGCUGCUGCUGCUUAUGUAAAGGAUCGUCAAGUUAUCAACAAUCUGCCUAGCUCAGUCCAUAUCGUGGUGGAUCCCCUCGUAACAUUUGCUAGCAAUGAAUAUGAAAUUGUGCGUACUGAAGUUUUAAAACCUGACUUGGCUCCCUUUCAAAAGGCUACAAACAUCUUGCAUAUGACUCAGGGAUAUGUAUUGCCUUUGAUCCAAAAAUCGAUUCAUGGUGUUGAGGAUCAAGUUCGUCAAUACGGUGCUUAUGCCAACAACUCCAAGGUUGUCCGUGAUGUGAAAUCAACAUUUGGUUUCGUCAAUGUCAAGGCUUAA